AGUCCCGCCCCCCGGCAGUUCACCGUGUCCAGGGCAGACAGUUGGGAAAUGAACGUUUUGGGAAUAACGGGAGAGACACUGCGGAUUUACUGAAUAUAUCGAUGUAAUUUUACAGAUAUUAGCACCACCUGCGCCACGGUGUGUUUUUGAACAAAACAAUGAGCUAAAAUGUUGUGGGCUGACCAGCAGACGUAGCGGUAUGUGCCUCCUCCGGUGACGGGAACACACCCGGUAAGUUAAUGGCGAGUUUCGGGAGUGGAAACAACUAAAGAGGAGGCAGCGGAAUCUGAAAUAACAGCGUCAAGCGGAGCGACACCAUGUGGUUUAGUGUGUUUAGUGUGUUUUGGUGGUUGUUGCUGCUGAACUGUCCGGGAGCCGUCAGACCCGGAGCUCCGGGGGCUGCGGCCGCCGCCGUGCCCAGCGCUGCCCAAACUUUGGUGUGGGGACCCGGACUGGAGCCCAACAUGGUCCUGCCGGCCCGGUUCUUCUUCAUCCAGGCGGCGGACAGCUCAGGGACCAAUUUGACAGCGUCACCCGGUGAGAAGACUUUCGAGGUGAAGAUUGUGUCUUCAGUGGAGAAGUUCACCAGAAUCUGGAUCCAGGUCCUGGACCGGCGGGACGGCUCCUUCCUGGUUCGCUACAGGAUGUAUGCCAGCUACAGCGACCUGCACAUCCACGUCCUGCUCGGGAACACACACGUCGCCAAGUCUCCCUAUUUUCUCAAAGGCCCAGUCUACCAUGAGGGCUGCGACUGUCCCCAGCCCAGUGGUUCGGUUUGGCAGGACGACAUGCACUGUCCCGCCUCCUUCUCCCAGAUCGACCGCGACCUGGCUCUGUUCCCCCAAGUCGACCCGGAGCGAAACGCUCAGGAGAUCCCGCAGCGCUUCGGACAGCGUCAGAGCCUCUGCCAUUACACGAUUAAAGACAACAAGAUCUACAUUAAGACGUUUGGAGAGCAUGUAGGCUUCAGAAUAUUUAUGGACGCCCUCCUCCUGUCACUCACUAGAAAGGUUCGCCUGCCUGAUGUGGAGUUUUUUGUGAACCUGGGUGACUGGCCGCUCGAGAAGAGGCGGCCCACUGAGAAGCUCCACCCCAUCUUCUCGUGGUGCGGCUCCAACGAUACCCGAGACAUCGUCAUGCCCACCUACGACCUGACUGAGUCUGUGCUUGAGACGAUGGGAAGAGUGAGCCUGGACAUGAUGUCGGUGCAGGCCAACACGGGGCCGCCAUGGCCAGAGAAGAACGGCACGGCCUUCUGGAGGGGACGGGACAGCUGUAAGGAGCGUCUGGAGCUGGUCAAACUGGCCAGGGCUCACCCCAACAUGGUUGACGCCGCCUUCACCAACUUCUUCUUCUUUAAACACGACGAGAGCCUCUACGGGCCGCUGGUCAAACACGUCUCCUUCUUUGACUUCUUCAAGUACAAGUACCAAAUCAACGUAGACGGCACAGUGGCGGCGUACCGGCUGCCGUACCUGCUGGCGGGAGACAGCGUCGUCUUAAAGCAGGACUCCGGCUACUACGAACACUUCUACAAGCAGCUGAGGCCCUGGGAGCACUACAUCCCCGUUAGAGCGGACCUGGGAGACCUGCUGGAGAAGAUCCAGUGGGCCCGCGACCACGAUGAAGAGGCCAGGAAAAUUGCUGUGGCAGGUCAGCAGUUUGCCCGCAAUAACCUCAUGGGAGACAGCAUCUUUUGUUACUACUACAAACUUUUCCAGGCGUACGCUGAGCUCCAGGUGUCAGAGCCGAAGGUUCGACAGGGCAUGCAGCCGGUGGAUCAGCCCAUCGAUGACCUGUUCCCCUGCUCCUGCCACAGGACGAGAGUCAAGGAUGAACUCUGACCAACCCAUCAUCCAGUUAUUAAAAUAAUCCUGACUGUCUGAUUUAUUGUGGAAUAACUUGCCAAAAUGUCCCAAAGUGUCCUGCGCUAUGACAUGAAUGUUACGUGUUACUGAAGUUGUUUUUGUAAUAAAUAUUUUUUAUAUGUUUGUAUGUUAAAA